GCGAAGAAGAAGAAGAGCUGUUCGGAAAGGAAAAUACACGCACGAACAUGGAGUCCUCUUUAGUGGGUAAACCUGAGCGUGUGGGCCCGGUACAGGUGGAGGACAUUAAGAGGGACCUUCUGAGUGACUUCACUGCUCUGGAUGCACAGCCCAGCGCUCAGUGUGAAUCUGAGAACCUGCAGGUUUUCCUCCGAGUUCGACCGUUUACGUCAGCGGAGAGCGACAGCGGAGAGUCCCAGGACUGUGUUUCCGUGGAAGGUCUGGACACUGUGGUCCUCAGAGCUCCCAGGAACAUCAGGUCACUGCCUCAGACGGCUCAGACCUUCACCUUCACUCAGGUGUUUGGUCCAGACUCCUCCCAGAGGACAGUGUUCCAAGGCUCUGUUCGAGGUUCAGUCCGACACGUUCUAGAAGGAGGAAACUGUCUGGUGUUCACCUACGGAGUGACCAACGCAGGGAAGACCUUCACCUUCCUGGGUCCAGAUCAUGACAGUGGUCUCCUCCCUCGCUCUCUGGCCGUUCUCUUCAACAGUGUGGACGGUCGUCUGUACUGUGGGAACGACCUGAAACCACAGCGAUGCAGAGACUACAGCCGACUGAGCCCAGAGCAGCAGAAAGAGGAGAACAGCAGCAAGAGGAACCUACUGAAGAUGUACAGAGAGGGAAAAGAGACCGACAGGAUGCAGACCUCAGGCAGGUCCACGUUCCUAGACGGCUCCGCCCUCAGCUCCGACAGCAGCGUUCACAGUGUUUCUGACUCCGACAGUUUCUGCCUGGACGUCGACUCAAACGUGCGCUUUUCUGUCUGGGUUUCAUUCUGUGAGAUUUAUAACGACAACAUCCACGACCUUCUGGAACAGGUUCCUGCUGGACACCAUAAGAGGACGGUGCUGCGUCUGUCUCAGGACGUCAAAGGGAACUCCUUCAUUAAAGGUCUACGGUGGGUCCAGGUGAACAGUUCAGAUGAGGCCUACAGGGUGAUGAAGAUCGGAAAGAAAAACCAGAGCUUCUGUGCCACCAGACUGAACCAGCUGUCCAGCAGGAGCCACAGCAUCUUCUCCAUCAGGAUCCUACGAGUGGACGACACCGCAGUUCCCAGAGUCCUCGGCAUCAGCGAGCUGGCGUUAUGCGACCUGGCCGGUUCAGAACGUUGUUCUCGGACUCAGAACACCGGAGAACGUCUGAAGGAAGCAGGAAACAUCAACAGCUCUCUGCUGACGCUGGGGAAGUGCAUCAACGCCAUGAGACUGAACCAGAACGCCAAGUAGGUGA